AUUCAGAAUAUAGAUAACUUAUCAGAGACAACAUUUGCUUAAAUUAAAGCCUUGACAAUCCUUAUGUAUGAAGCAUUUUACAUUAGAAUUAUUCAAUUUACAUAAAUCCAAAUACAAAGUAAAUUAAUUUUUUUAAGCAAAGUCACUAUGAGAAGCUUCCUUAAAUACUGUAAAUUUUCUGAUUUUCCCAUAGAGAAUCUCCCUUAUGGUAUUUUUACUGCACCCGGUAAGCUCAAACCUAGAAUAGGGGUCGCCAUAGCAGAUUCUAUAUUAGAUUUAAAUGAAAUUUCUCAACUUUUCGACGGUCCCGAAUUAAAAAAACAUCAACAUGUUUUUAAAGAAUCGACAUUAAAUCGUUUCAUGGGGUUAACACCCAAAGCUUGGAAAGAAGCUAGGAGCACUAUACAAAAUAUCCUUUCAGAGGACAAUCCAGUUCUUCAAAACGAUGAUAUUCUUAGAAAAAAAGCUUUUACGAGGCAAUCCGAAGCUAAGAUGCACCUACCAGCUCAAAUCGGGGAUUUCACUGACUUUUCCUCGUCCAUACAUCACGCAAAAAACGCUGGAAAUCUUUUUAGAGGGAAAGAAAACGCAAUAGCGACAAAUUGGAAGCAUCUUCCAGUGGCUUAUCAUUGUCGAGCAAGUACCGUGGUCAUAUCUGGUACUCCAAUUCAUAGACCAUAUGGACAAGCAGUGCUAGAAGAUGGUGGACUUCCAGUAUUUGGUCCAAGUAAACUAAUGGAUUACGAACUAGAGAUGGCGUUUUUCGUUGGUGGAACCAAUAAUUUAGGGGAACCCAUCAAAGUAGAAAAUGCUCAAGAUCAUAUUUUCGGUUUCGUUAUAAUGAACGACUGGAGUGCUAGAGAUAUAUUAUCAUGGGAAUACGUACCACUAGGACCAUUCGUUUCUAAAAAUUUUAGUACCACAAUCUCUCCAUGGGUAGUUACAACAUUUGCAUUGGAACCUUUCAAAACUGAUAAUUACCCACAGGAACCAGAACCUUUAUCAUACCUAAGACAUAGUGACAAUUUUAAUUACGAUAUUCAUCUUCAAGUUGAUGUAUCACCGAAAGGAGAUACUAUGUCCAGAACUGUAUGUCGUUCAAAUUUCAAAAAUUUGUACUGGACACCUAAACAACAGCUCGCUCAUCAUACCAUAACUGGUUGUAAAAUGAAUCCUGGUGAUCUACUAGGCAGCGGCACCAUUAGCGGAGAAUCACCCGAAUCUUUCGGUUCCACGUUAGAAUUAGCUUGGAAGGGAACGAAACCUCGAAAUCUAUUAGACGGAUCUCAAAAUAAAUUCCUACAAGAUGGCGAUACUGUCACAAUGACAGCCGUUUGUAAAGGAGAUACCUACAAUAUCGGUUUCGGUACAUGCGUUGGUACUUUACUGCCACCCAAAAACAUUUAUUAAUAUGUUAAUAAAUUAUUUUUUCAUUACUUUCGAAA